AUGGGUUUAGUAGACGGUUAUGACACAAGCUCAGACUCUGAUUUGAACUUCGACGAAGGCAAAUCUGUUCAUGAAAAGAAAAAUGGUAAUUUGCAUGAAGAUACUUCGUAUGAACCUUCUUCAAAUAAUAUUCAUAAGAGAAAAUCACAUUUUACAAAGUCAGAACUAAAAAGAAGACGGAAAACUCGCAAAGGAGAUGGGCCGUGGGGCAGUUGGUCAAGUAGUGACGAUGAAACUUCACAAGCCAGCGAAACUCAGAAAGAAGAUCAGGAUAUCUUCGUGCACGCGCUGGCUGAGGACAACCUAGAUUCGGAACAGAUAGAGGUAGAGGAAGUCUCCCAUUUUUAUGGUAAAUCAGAAAAGGACUAUCAAGGCAGAGGAUAUUUAUAUCCACCAAAUGACGUCGAUGUUGAUCUUCGUGAGGAAAGGAUAUCCUUUCGGUGUUACUUACCAAAAAAAGUUAUACGUAAUUAUCCGGGGCAUCCAGAAGGAACCACUGCCCUGAAAUUCUUACCUAAAACUGGACACUUAAUUCUCUCUGGUGGUAAUGAUCAUACUAUAAAAAUUUGGGAUUUCUACCAUGACUAUGAAUGCCUACGAGAUUUUCAAGGUCAUAACAAGCCUAUUAAAGCAUUACGAUUCACCGAAGACUGUCAAUCUUUUUUGAGCUCUUCCUUUGAUAGAAGCGUUAAAAUUUGGGAUACUGAAACUGGUAAAGUGAAAACCAGGUUGCACCUUAAUUCAACGCCUGCAGAUGUUGAAUCUCGGCCCACUAACCCACAUGAGUUCAUUGUAGGUUUAUCGAAUUCGAAAAUAUUACAUUAUGAUGAUCGUGUUUCAGAAAAUCAAGGUCUUGUGCAGACAUAUGAUCAUCACCUAAGUAGCAUUCUGGCUCUCAAGUAUUUUCCCGAUGGUUCGAAGUUUAUUUCUUCUUCAGAGGAUAAGACGGUAAGAAUUUGGGAAAAUCAGAUCAAUGUACCAAUAAAACAAAUAAGUGACACGGCUCAACAUUCUAUGCCAUUUUUAAAUGUACAUCCGUCUCAGAACUAUUUCUGUGCACAAAGCAUGGAUAAUAGAAUAUAUUCUUUCAGUUUGAAACCCAAAUAUAAGAGGCAUCCAAAAAAGAUAUUUAAAGGGCAUUCAUCUGCUGGUUAUGGGAUAAGCUUGGCUUUUUCUGGUGAUGGUCGUUACAUAUGUUCAGGCGAUUCAAAAAGCAGACUAUUUACUUGGGAUUGGAAUACGUCGCGCUUAUUAAAUAACAUCAAGAUUCCAGGCAACAAGCCUAUAACUCAAGUGGACUGGCAUCCUCAAGAAACAAGUAAAGUCAUUUGCAGCGGAGCGGCAGGUAAGAUAUAUGUAUGUGACUAG